GAAAUAUGGGGAGAGCCUUGACGUCACAUUUCCUGAAAUGAAACUGAAAGUUUAUCUGUCAACAGCAGAGCUGCAGCCGAGACAAGCCUCUGUUUCUCUCUGAAGAAAAAUGUAACUGAAUCCAUCAACAGCAGAGUCUGAGACAAACGCUGUGUGUAGAUAUGGCUGCUGCCAGCUGUCUGCUGACUGAGGAUCAGUUUCUGUGCUCCAUCUGUCUGGAUGUCUUCACUGAUCCAGUCACCUUACCAUGUGGACACAACUUCUGUAGAAACUGCAUCACACAACACUGGGAUAUUAACGUCCCCUGCCAGUGUCCCAACUGUAAAAGGUUUUUCAACAUGAGACCUGAGCUGAGGGUCAAUACUUUCAUCUCUGAGAUGGCUGCUCAGUUCAGACAGUCGGCUCAACAGAAAGCCAGCAGCAGCAGCUCAGAGCAACAAGCUGCCAAACCAGGAGAAGUUCCCUGUGACGUCUGCACUGGAACCAAAUUGAAGGCUCUGAAGUCCUGUCUGGUGUGUCUGACCUCCUACUGUGAGACUCACCUGGAGCCUCAUCUGACAGUAUCAGGCCUGAAAAGACAUCAGCUGAUCGACCCUGUGGAGAACCUGGAAGACAGGAUGUGUACGAAGCACGAUAAACUGCUGGAGCUGUUCUGUAAGACCGACCAGACAUGUGUCUGCAUGCUCUGCUCUGUUUUAGACCAUAAGACCCAUGAUGUUGUUCCUCUGGAAGAGAAAUAUGAAGGAGAGAGGACUGAGCUGGAGAAGACAGAGGAUGAAACUCAGCAGAUGACCCAGAAGAGACGACUGAAGAUUCAGGAGAUCAAACGCUCUGUGGAGCUCAGUGAGGAAGUUGCAGACAGAGAAAUAGCAGAAGGUGUUCAGGUCUUCACUGCUGUGAAAGAGUCUGUUGAGAGAAGUCAGGCUGAAUUCAUCAAGACCAUCAAAGAGCAGCAAAGAACAACAGAGAAACAGGCUGAAGACUUCAUCAAAGAGCUGGAACAGGAAAUCUCUGAGCUGGAGAAGAGAAGCUCUGAGGUGGAGCAGCUCUCACAUUCUGAAGGCUACUUCCACCUCAUCCGCAAACUUUUCUCCCACAGUUUCUAUUUCCACACUGCUCCACCCACCAAGGACUUGACAGAAGUCAGCAUCCGUCCUCCAUCUUAUGCAGGGAGUGUGAUGAGAGCUUUGAAUCAGCUGGAGGAAAUGCUCAGUGAACAGAUAAAGAAGUUGCUUGAAGCCCAGCUGAAGAAGGUUCAGCAGUAUGCAGUGGACGUGACACUGGACCCUGAUAUAGUCCAUCUCAGACCCACCCAGUCUAAUGAUGCCUGUAGAUGUGUCUUAUCAGAGCAGGGUUUCACCUCAGGAAGAUUUUACUUUGAGGUUCAGGUUAAAAAGUGGGUUAGAUGGACUGUAGGAGUCACCAGAGAGUCCAGCAUGAAGAGACAAAUCACACUGAGCCCCAACAAUGGUUACUGGACUGUAUGUUUUACACGGCGAGGUGAGUGCUAUGCUCCUACAGACCAAUCAGUCCGUCUCUCUCUGAAGUCAAAGCCCAAGAAGGUGGGGGUGUUUGUGAAUUAUAAAGAGGGCCUGGUCUCCUUUUAUGACGUUGAUACUGCAACUCUCAUCUACUCCUUCACUGGCUGCUCCUUCACUGGCAAACUCUACCCAUUCUUCAGUCCCUGUCCGAAUAAUGGUGUCAAAAUCCACACCACUGAAAUGGGUUGUGUGUUACAAUGAGUUAAAACAUAAGAUUCAGAAAAGUUCAGCCUUAUAUAAUGUGGCAUUAACACUAUAUACGUCCUUCUCCAAUUCUCAAUGCUUUUUUGAAUAUCACAUUAUCCUGUAAUAUGUCCCAUUGUUUCUUUCUGUUGAACAUAAUCUGUGAUAAUUGAUCCAAUCUAAUGUAGUCUAGUUGUUUCUAUACAGUGCAAUCUCUGCCUUCAAAACUGUUCAAAAAUUACAAAAACGUGGCAGAAUAAAGAAGCUUGUGCAGAAAUCAUUACAUGCCUAGGUGGUCAGUUCAAACCUUUGAUUGUUGUGUGUGUAUAAACUGUUGGACUUUGGCACAAAAUACUGAUGAUCCAACAGAAUUUUGUUAAAACUUUCUCUCUAAUGUUGUGGUAAGUUUCAUAAAAAAGUAAAAUCUAAUAACGUAAAACAUAAGUAAAAGUAAAACAUAACUUUCCAUGUAUCAUUACACCCGUUAACUUAUUUAGAAGGUUCUAGUGUUGUAAUUAUAUUACUCUAAACAGAUGUAAUAUUUCCAGGUUGUCCUGCUGUUAUAUCUGAUUUACAGUGUCCUUUUCAAUGUCACUGCAGCUUCAUCAUCUAAUGUCAAAUUAUAUGUGGUGUGAGGUGAUGUAAUGCAAUGUAAAGUUUCAUUUUUGUUAAACUGUGUUGUCAGCAGGUCAUACGAAAAUGAAGCAGCGUUUGUAUAGAAUAAGUUACAGCUGAGGUCGCCAUGUCUUACAGUGCCAUGGACUUUAUCAUAAACUGCGGCUGGAGGCCACACAAGGACAUUCUGUGUAUAAAGAUAAAAGUUACAACUGCAUAUCAGACAAUUAAUAAACUGAGUUUUAAUGCAGUGAUUUAGAUAUUUUUUUGCAUUUAUUCUUCUGUUGUGACUUGCUAGAGAAUAUAAUAAACAGUUAAUGUAAAUGUCACCAAUAAAUAAAACACAAUUCCUGUGAA